UGGGUAUAUCCAAGUUUUGUUCUGUUCACAAUCAGCGCGCGUAGUUCUCUGAGUUCUCUCUAGUUUAGAAAUUCGCUACGCUGCAAUUGCGCGCACAUCGUUUGAUAAAAUCACCCAUCGAAUCGAGUUGGAGCUGAGUUGACGGCGCACCUAAAAACUCGAAGCUAUGCAACGGUUAACGUCAAGAAUCACCAGAACCACAAAAACUUCCUCUUCACUCAGAACUAUCCUCCUCAACGAAGCACCAUCUUCUUCUUGGCUUCCAAAGCGCAGCUUCUCUGCUUUCUCUUUGCAACAACAUGUCAAAAACCAGCAAAAUGAAGCGAUCCCAGGAGAUUUCUUGAAAUGGGGUUCGCUUGGCUUUUGCAGGACUUCGAGGUUCGCGACUGGGUUUACGCCUUUAAAACCCAAGCCAUUGGAUUCCAUAAUGGAUUUGGACAGAGCAAAGAACCGUUCACCUGAGGACCUUGCUUCUAUUUGGGAUGAUUAUCACUUGGGAAGAGGUCAUAUUGGGUUGACCAUGAAGGCAAAACUUUACCGUUUAUUGGAACAAAGAGGCUCAGAUUGCCGAUAUUUUGUCCUUCCUUUGUGGAGAGGAAGUGGUUAUACAACGAUGUUUGCUCAAGUGCAGUUACCACACAUGCUUUUCACUGGUCUUGAAGAUUACAAAGCAAGAGGAACUCAAGCAGCUCCUUAUUUCAGUGCAACCUUUUACACGGAAUUUGCAGAAAGCAAGGACUUGGUACUCAUUCGUGGAGAUAUUGUUUUCACCAGCAAGCUUAGCGAUGAGGAAUCGAAAUGGCUCCUAGAAACCACACUAUCUUUUUAUCUGAAUGAUGCGAGGUACAAGCUGGUUGAUCGUUUUAAUAAAGAACCACGUGAUUUUGAGUUCAAGGAUGUGUUGCGAGCUCUAGACAUGCCCAUUCUAUAACUUCUUUAAAUGACUUUUGCUGAACGGAAAUUCUUCUUUUCGAAGAAGUCUGAAGGAAUAAUGUUUUUAUCAGAGGUCUUGCUCGAUACUACUUGUUCCACUUUCAAGAAAUUAUUGAAAUUAUCUCGAGGAAAGAGGAUGGUCUUGAGAUGAUUUGUUGUGUUCCUGAGUGAACAUUGAAGAGGGAUUAUUUUUAUAUGAGUUGUUAUACUCUAUUUUUUUUUCUGGGAAAAUUGGAA